UCCGCGCCUCCGCCGGUGUGUCGUGUGCUCAGCAUGGCUGCGAUAGGAGUUCACUUUGGCUACUCCUGCGCCUGUGUGGCGAUUUUUAAGGAUGGGCGAGCAGACGUCGUGGCAAAUGAUGCUGGUGACAGAGUCACCCCAGCUGUCGUAGCCUACAGGGAAAAUGAGCAGAUUGUAGGGAUUGCUGCAAAGCAAGGGCGAGUCCGCAAUGCCGCCAACACAAUUGUCAAAGUCAAGCAAGUCCUUGGAAGAAGCUUUGAUGAUUCACAGACUCAGAGUCACAAAUCGGAAACAAAGUGCCAGGUGGUUAGUAAAGACAACAAGCCAUAUUAUGAGAUCACAGCAGGAGAAAAACAGCAACAUGUCUCGCCAGUGGAUGUGGCGAAACUCAUCUUCCAUAAAAUGAAAGAAACUGCACAGUCAGCCCUGGGCUCUGAUGCCUCUGAAGCUGUCAUCACCGUCCCGUUUGAGUUUGCACAUGCUCAAAAGAAAGCACUGAGGGAGGCCGCCGAAGCAGCAGGUUUCCAUGUCCUCAGGCUGAUCCAUGAGCCCGCAGCGGCUCUUCUGGCCUACAACAUCGGUCAAGAGUCUCCCUCAGGAAAGAGCCAUGUUCUGGUGUACAAGCUUGGCGGUACGUCUUUGAGUGUGACCGUGCUGCAGGUGAAUGGGGGAAUGUUCCGGGUUCUGAACACUCACACAGACCACAGCAUUGGAGGAGAGAGUUUCACGCAGGCGCUGGCUCAACACCUCGCCACAGAAUUCAAGCGCUCCUUCAAACAUGAUGUGAGCUCCAACGCACGGGCAAUGCUGAAGCUGAUGAACGGAGCUGACAUGGCCAAACACUCUUUAUCGUCGCUCGGCUCUGCAAACUGCUUCGUGGACUCCCUGCACGACGGCAUAGAUUUUGAAUGCAACGUCUCCAGAGCACGUUUUGAGCUGCUGUGUUCGUCAUUGUUCAACAAAAGCAUCCAGCCCAUCAGAGCGCUGCUGCAGGAGGCAGGGCUUUCCCCCACUGACAUUAACCAGGUGGUUCUCUGCGGCGGUUCUGCCCGGAUCCCUCGACUCCAACAGAUGAUCCGUGAGAUGUUCCCCGAUGUGGAACUUCUCAAUUGGGCGCCCACGGAUGAGGUCAUCGCUGUGGGGGCCGCCCUGGAAGCCGGACUGCUGGUGGGCCGCGACAACCUCGCCCCUGAUGAAGAAACCGUCACAGCAGAUGUUGCCGCCACCGACAUCCUGGUCAAGGAGCUUGACGAUUCAGGAGCUGAAGUUUUCACCGUCCUGCUUCCCUCUGGCUCCCCUUUGCCUGCCCGAAGGUGCCAUGUCCUGAGUGGGGAGGGGAAGCUAUCGUCCCUGUGUUUAGAAAUUUACCAGAGAGUUGCAGCCGAACAGCCGGAGAAGCUGGCAAAGAUCAUCCUGAAGAACCUGCCGCCCAAAGAGAGCAACCAUGACAUCGACACCGUCGUGACAAUGAAAAGAGAUGGCUCCCUGCACGUGUCCUGUGUAGAGCAGAGCAGCGGUAGGACAGAGGUCAUCACCAUAGCUGCCGCGUCAUGACCGGUUUCACGAGUACACAUGGUUAAUGCUGUUUUGUUACCCAAUAAACUUGUCUGUCUGAAAC